AACGAGCUUUAAGAGGUUUAAAAAAGAUCUUUACUGUAAUAUGUGCAGUGUUUUGGGAAGUCCUGGGACAAGUGGAUGUAUCUACAGCAUGGGAUGGAAUUCAAAAAGCAAAAGCUCAUAGCAUAAGCAAUAUGGGUUCAGCUGCAUCAGCUGCAGAUGAUAUUAAUGCUCUGGAGAUACAUCAUUGGUACAGAAAAUUCAUGAAAGAGUGUCCAUCUGGACAGCUGAGCUUGCAUGAGUUUAAAGGAUUACUUGGUCUGCAUGGAAUGAACCCUGAAGCAACCAAAUACAUUGAACAAGUAUUUUCCACCUUUGAUAUGAACAAGGAUGGAUUUAUUGACUUUUUGGAAUUUAUUGCUGCAAUCAACUUGGUUUUACGAGGAAAAAUUGAUCAGAAAUUAAAGUGGUAUUUUAAACUAUAUGAUGCAGAUGGAAAUGGAUCGAUUGACCGAAAAGAAUUGCUAAGUAUUAUAACGGCUGUUCAAGCUAUAAAUGGUCACCAGGGUAUGAGCCCUGAAGAAUUCACGACCUUGUUGUUCACAAAAAUUGAUGUCAAUGGAGACGGGGAACUGACAUUAGAAGAGUUUAUUGGUGGAAUAGAAAAGGAUCCUGACCUUCUCGAGCUCAUUUCUAAAAGUUUCGACCUCUCCAAUGUGUUAAAAACAAUACAAAAUGGAAGACGGAGGAGUAUGCCUUGAAGAAUGUUUCCUAUCUAGGAUAUGUCUACCCGUCUUACUACAAGAAUAUGCCUUUCUGCAGUGAGAAGAUGUCAUGUUGCAUGAGGAUUUUCCCAUUGAUCUCUCAGAGAUUAUAAGAAGUACAGCGGUAGUAAGAUAUAGGUGGUGCAAUCUUUCAAAGCCUUCUCUUGAUGGAAUAAUACAUUUACAUUACGUAAUAUAACAAAGCUGUACAAGGCUUCAGUAGGCCAGGGAAAAGUAAUCUUUUGGAUAUUAAUUGAUUCAAAUCCAGUUUAAAUGAAUUUAAAAGGAAUUGACUUUCAUCUGGAUUAGUUAGGAUAAAAGGAGGGGCUGUCUGACCUUUCUGUGUAACUAACCGCUACUUUCAUUAGCAAUAAAACUUCUCUGCUAACCGGACAGACUUUAAAAAAAAAAAAAAAAAGUUUCUGAAAAGGUCAUGGUCAUUCUGACAAAAGCUGAAGAUGACGUAUAACAGACAAUUGGAAUGCGUUGCAGCAUUUUAUUCUCAUGUAAGCUUGCCUGGAAAGAAAACUGUGGCAAACAACGUGAAGAUCUCAGGGGCAUGAUCUACAUGUAAAUGUUGAUUAUUUAUAUCUUUAUGGUUAUAAGACACAUUCUUGUUUUUUCCUCUUUAAAUAUACAUAUAUAUAUUAUGUUUUCAAAAUAUACUUGAACAACAUGGGUCAUACUUUUAAUAGAUGCUUAUUAAUAAUAUUUGAGAUUUUGAAAUAGAUUGUAGUAGGGUUAGAACCUCCACUUUAAUGCAGUUUGUGUCCCAACUGGGGCAAUUCCCUAUCUCUAUUGGGCUACAGACAGCAAUCAAAACCAUACACUAGUUAGAGGACUUUCCCAUUCUCUAAAAUAAAAAAAUAUGUUAAUAUGUGCGCUCACAUUAAUCAAUUUUCAUUGCUUUCUGUUCUAUAUGACACCCAGCAAACAGAUAGGAAGUAGGGAUAAUUAAAAUGUAAUAAUUAUGUAAAACGCUUGUAUUGUAACCUGGAUUUUCAGUCUGUGAAUAGUUCUCAUGUGUCAGAUGCUAUAAAUAUACAAAUAAUGGUUUAAGAAAAUCAUUAGAUAUUAUUUUUGGUUUUGAGAACCAGCCUCAGGUAACAGCUGCCUGUGUUUUUU